UCGGACUGACACCAAGCCUAGGUCCGGCCAUCUUGUGACGGCGAAGCGCUCUUGUCCUCAAAACACCCCCAAAAUCGCUGAAAUCGCGUGAAUAAUUAGUGCAAAUCAUGAAUAAACAAUCCCAGUGAGUGUCUGAAGUGCGUACUAUCAACUGACUCACGUGUACUUAACGUACAACUAAUUUAAAUUACGAUUAUAGUUUUAAUUGUUUUUGUGUUACAUUUUUGUGAGUGUGAGUUGUCUUCAAAACUUGAUACGUUGGUGACUGUAUUGGAUAACUACCUACAUCUUCGUAAAAUUCCAAGAGGAACACUUCCAGACCGUUUUUUUGUUGAAUUAGUUAUAAAUGUAUUAUAUUCGAGAAUGCAGGGCUAGCAGCUCAUCGACUUUUCUUUCUGUGAUACAAAGGACAUAAUGCGUCAAAAUGGGCUGAACUCAAAUUUUUGGAUAGAGACGACGAUACCAUUGUGAACUAAGUAUUGUGGGUUGGAAAUGGAUAAAGAAAAUGGAAAGAGCAACGAAGGUAAUUCUGGCUCCAGCAAAGUCUCAAACUCACAAGACCCCGCGUCCCUCCUCGAUGCUGCCAGUCUCUUUGGGGCCUACUGGCCUCGAGGCGACGCCAACUCGGCCAACGCGGCCAACCUGUUCGCGGCGGCGAGCGGCGGCUUCGGCCUGCCACCCCACCCGUCGCUGCCCUUCGGCAUGCUGCCCCCCACGUCUGGCCGGGGGGGCAUGCCCUCGUACCCGACGUCCACCAGCGCGGCGGCCGCCUACAACAACGCCUACACCAACACCCUGUCGGUGGCCGCGAGUCAGGCUGCCAGCCUGGGAAUCCCCGCCGCAAGCGCAGCAUGGUGGUCGAUGGCCUCCCACUUGGCUGCCCAGGACUACCUCGCCCGAUUGCAGGCAUCAGGCCUGAACUUUCCCUCUCUAGGCAAUCCCGCAGACUUGCAGUACCCUUCUCUUGGCCUUCCAUCGCUUACGUCGCUUCACAAAUCAUCGAAGAACUCCAAAAGCUCACUAUCCAGAUCACAGAGCAACUCCAAAUCCUCAUCGCACCUAUCGUCUUCAUCGGCCAAGCUAGACGGACGCCUGGAUUCGGGCAAUAUAAAGCCUAACAUCUCUAUGUCCAGUACCAGGGCAACUUCGUCGUCCCAGUCUUCUCACAACUCCCACAAAUACUCCUCGUCCAGUCUCACCAUCCAGCCUAGCAUGAAAUUACCCAGCACGAAUUCUAGCAGUGAGAAGCAUCGGCAGAAAGUGAAUGAUCUGAACUACUUGAAUAAAUUGGAUAGGCCUAAGUGUACCAGUGUUAGUAGUAGUAGUGCUAAAGUGUCUUCGCCCUCGCCUAGCAUCUUCACCAGUCCGCUGAGUUUGGCCAGUAACCCCGACAAGGGUAGCGGAGUCAGCACGAGUAACAGUAGUCACAAUUCUGUUAAUAGUAGCAAUAUUGCCAGUUUACCUUCUAGUAUAUUAAGUGAUCCUAAUUCAAUUUUGGGUGGUGUUAGGUUACCACCCGACACCGAGAUUAUCAAGUAUACCUCUUCGAUUGUCGGCCCCAAAAUACCAGGCACAACGAACCGAGGCCGCAAAAAGACUAUAUCAUUGGAUCCGCCUUCAGUCAGCGUCCAUCCAUCCCAUUCCAGCACGGGACUUUUGAUUGAGAGGACUAGUAAAAGACCUAAACUAAGCGAACAAGACUUAACGCCACCUUCAACCCCAUCCAACGACAGGGUAGAAGUAAUAAAACUGCCAGCUACUAAUGGAAGUCCUUCAGGAAUUUCAUCCAUCUACAACAGUUCCGAAUCAGCAGGAGAGGCUCCUUUGAAUUUAUCACUGAAGCCUAGCACCUCCACUAGUUCGAGCUCGUCACUUAACUCUCUGAGCAAUAUGUCUGCCAAUAUCGGUGUUGACCGUAUAUCCCGAAGAAAACCUGGUCCGAAACCUCGUAGGGUGGUGCCUGCAGGUUCUCAGGUACCUCCUGCCGCGCCAAGUACUUCUCUGACCCAGAUGUUCGCCACAGCCGACUCACCGAGACCCCCGAGCAGAAACGAGGGGUCAGAUGGGGGUAGUUCCACUUCAUCAACUUGUACUUCCUCGGCUCCACUCGGCACCACCAUUUCGCCCAUCUCGGGGCCUAGUCAAAAGGAGGGACGACCUAGGAAUCUUGGAAGGGGUGUCAGUAAACCGAAGAAGAACACCGUCGCCUCACUUCUUGCCCAAAGCAGAGCUCUUGGUAUCAAGCCUGUGCCCAUGUUAGACCCCAACGCGAGCAUGAACCAGCAGAUGAACCUGUUGAAGUCGAAUAUCCUGGCAGCACAACAGUACAUUUCCGAGGCGGGGGGCGACGAGAAGGCUUUAAAUAAGUUUUUACAGGAAAAAUUUAAGGGUACUUUAAGCGAUUCUAGUACGGUAGAUGCCACAUCAGAUUCAGAUAAUUUAACUGAUUCUAAUCAUACUGAUUCAGAGAUGGAAGCUGAGGUUGCUGCCAAGAAGCAGAAGCAGUACGACGAGCGGCUGCUGAGAGUCCCCCUUGAAAAAGGUUGGAAAAGGGAGACGGUGAUUAGGGGUUUGACGAAAAACGGUGGCAUAAAAGGCGACGUUACUUACAAUGCCCCUGACUCUGCGAACAAAUUCAAACAAAUGUCCGACGUCACUCAGUAUCUGGAUUACCAAAAGAACAGCGAACUGUGCAGAGACAACUUCACUUUCAGCUGUCGAGUAAUCCUGGGCGAUUAUCUGCAACCCGUACCCCCUGAAAUGCAAACCGACGGUACCGAGUUUAUAUAUCUCACCGAGGAGGAUGUGAAUCGAAGGUUAGAGGAGCUGAGGGCAGCGAUGAGGACGAGUCUGCCUGUCGAACAACGAAUCGAAAUGGCCAGGAAGCAGCAGGCUGCCAGGGCCGCCGCUAGGUUAGACAGGGAACAGGCGAGGCUGUUCAAGGAGAUGGAGAGGACGGAGAGGCAGGAGCAGGCGAGACGUGAAAGGGAGGCCAAGACUCAGCAGAUACUGGAGGGUAGAAAAAGGCUAGCAUUCACCCUAGAACAGAAAAUUCAAAUAAUAUCUGAGAUAGAAGGUGGAAAAUUGAAAUCGGACGUGUCUCGUGAACUCGGUUUGGCUAGUUCAACAGUAGCGACCAUAUGGAAGAACCGUGAAAGUAUUAUAAAUGCUUAUAACUUAGAGAGCGUUGAGCAAAUGAGUUCGAUAAAUAAUACGUUAUAUAAUCCAAGCAUUUCAGUGGCUAAGAGAAAGCGACAGGAAGAGAACGAAAAGCAGAAACAUGAGGAUCAGCAACGUAAACAACAGGAGAGAGAAAUGAAAAGACAACAAGCGGCCAUUCUAAAGGAACAGAUGUACAUACAGGAGAUCAGUAAACAACGAGAAAUGCUCUACACUGUUGAGUUGGAAAGGGAAAGGAGACGACAACACAUGGCCCUAGUAAAAGCUUUAGAAAAUCGAAGAAAACUAGAGGAACGAGAAAGAAAGAAGCAACAGCUCCUAGCUGAAAAACAGGCAAACAAAGAAAAGAAAAUGGAACAAAGAAAAGUUGAGAUGGAGAUAUUGACAGAAUUAAGAAAACCUUGUGAGGAUUUGGAGCUGGAUCAGAAAUCCUUACCAGAAUUUCAAAGAAUUUCCGGCCUUAAACUGUCAGGAAAAGCAUUUUCCGACGUAUUGAUGGUUUUCGAGUUUCUACACAACUUUGGUGAGACGCUCGGCUUCGAUAUGGAAUCCUUGCCAACCUUGGACUCUCUACAGCACGCUUUGAUGCCAAAUGAACACUCUUCCGAAGCAGAAGAGGAACUGUUUUCUGUGAUGACCCACUUACUAGUCUGUGCGAUCGAAGAUCCAAGCAUUCCAAAUCCAGCUAGACAUACGACAAUUUUAGGACAAAGUCUGAGACAGGCUGAUAUAACUCACGCUAACUUAUCUGAAAUACUCCGAAUAUACCUAUAUGCAAAUGCUACAGGCGAGGUCAAGGCUCUCACUGGUGUUCACUUCGAGAGGGAUAGAGAAAAGAGAGUUGCCGACCACCAUCAAAAUGAUAACGAGAUGCAGCAAACUCAAUCGGGCAAAAACGCCCAGUAUUACGAGCUACUGCACAACAAUCCCACUUACAAGCUCUCUGAUUUACUUAAAGACAAGCCUUUUAUGGCGCUGUCGCCAACUAAUAAAGCCGAAAUUCUUGCCUUUAUAUGCAACGAACUCUUACAGAAUAAGGCAGUUAUUAGACAAAUUGAGAGCUCUCUAGAGAGUGUAGCGCAUCAGAAAAAGGAAAAAUGGCUUCUAGAUACCAAAAUUAGAAAGUUAAAAAUGCUGCACGGGAGGAAAGUAAGAUCUGAGGCUAUGGAGAAAGCUCAACCGAAAAUGGAUGGGGAAGAGUCUGCAGCGGACUCGCCUGCCUUGCACAAAGAUGACCUAUUAGAUGACGAAGAAAACGAAAUGAGUGAAAAUGAGAGUGUAGGCACCCAACCGGAAGAGGAGGAAGAUAACAAAUUAUCUGGAGAAGAGCUAGGAAAGAAACUAGAGAAGCUCGUUAAAACUUCCGAGAUGCAGUUGCAGUCGCUGAACACAGCUAUGCUCCAACUAAGGGCCACAUGUUUUGGACAAGAUAGAUAUUUCAGAAGGUACUGGUCUCUGCCAAAGGCGGGAGGUGUCUUCGUAGAAGCCAUCGAAUCAGCUGACCCAGACGAAUUGGAAAAUCAGUGCAGACUUGAUACCUGCAAUAUGACGAAUGCUGGUAUCAAAAGUCUGUCAGAUAUUAACAAUAUCGUUGACAACGUUGAAAAAAUUAACGAUGCUAGUGUAGACAAGGAAGUUAGCAGCAUAGUAGGAAAUAAUGAAGAAGACAAUGGAAAAAUCGGACUCAAAUUAACCGAUGACAAUGAAAACGAACACAGGAAGACGCCAAACAGAUUAAGUGUAUUUGAGAACGGCGAAAUUUUAGACAAAAACGAACGUAACUUAGUCGAGCUUAAGAAGAGCGUCGACGAUAUAGUACAAAAUUUAGAAAGAAAUCUAGAGCUGCAAAAAGAUCAAAGAGUAAAUGAAUCUCAAGAAAUCAGUGUCAUGAACCAUCUAAAUGAGUCGAUGAUCAAGUCCGAGGAGGAAAAUGAACCCCUCGCACAUAAAAAAUUCAAUUUGUUCGAGCGACUUGGCCAGUGCAUGGAACGAGAAAACAAAUCAGAGGAGGACCUAAAGGCUGAGGUUAAGGCGGAAGUAAAAGAGGAACUCAAAAAUGAAAUACUCAAUGAACUGAAGUCAGAAAUAAAGACGGAAAUGAAAACGGAACUGGACGAAGAAAAUGAACAUAAAUGGUUCAGCAUCUUAAAUAAAGACGGAGCAACCUGCGAUGGUGUCUACUUAACGGCGGGGAACAAGUGGGAAAAUGGUGUCGGGGCUUGUACGAGGGACAUAACAGAACUGAAAAUACCAGUCUUCCCACCACCUGGUUCUAAUUCUUCUACGACGUACCACAACACCUGUGAUAGCCCCGCUCCUUUGCAAAUGACAGCAGAGGAAAGCGCGCAACUGGAGCACAUCAAAAAGCAUGGGAUGCCUCAGUCUUGCGACCGUAAAACGAUACCGUUAGAUAAACGAUUCGGCUGGUGGAGAAUCACAAGUAUUGAACACUUGAAGGAAGUGUUGGAAAACCUGCACGUUCGAGGGGUGAGGGAGAGAGAACUAAAGAGAAACAUGAUAAGCAUAAUGCAGACCAUGUACGAACGACAGGGCAAAAUUUAUAUCGAAGAAGGAAAUAAGGAUUUGACCGAUUUAAAUUCUGAACAAAUUGAUGAUAUAAAGUAUACGGAUGGGAGUGCUCCAGCUCCGGACGAACCAGGCGCCUGGAGUAUUUCCAUCGCCCAUAGGGUGGACUUGUUCUUGCUUGAACAGAUCGAAGCUCUGGAAGAUAAAGUGGCCAGUGCCAGUAUGCAAAUAAAAGGUUGGAAAAUACCUAGUAGGGAUUUACCCGAUAUACCAUACGGGCAAGUUGUGAACAUAGUAAAAGAGAGACUGAGUUCUUUGGAGAUGAACAUUGAGAGACGGUAUCUAAAACCUCCAUUGGGCGUCAACACGGGUGACCCCAACUUGGCAGCUAUAGCUCAGGAGGCGUCAGGGGGCACACUGCCCGCCCAGCCCAUACCCAACCCGGACGAGAUCCCGAAAGGCUUGGUGGUCUGGAGGGAAGCCGUUAAUCGUAGUUCGACUUCAGCACAGCUGGCAAUGUGCCUCUAUUCGCUGGAGUCGUCCAUCGCAUGGGACAAGAGCAUUAUGAAAGCUGUGAGCGUCCCAAAUGUCUUUAAUAAACAGACAGCCCGCAAAUAUAACAGCAAGCUGAGUAACUGCCAGUUUUGCCAUAGUGGAGAUAAUGAAGACAAGUUACUAUUAUGCGACGGUUGUGAUAAAGGAUACCACACCUACUGCUUUAAGCCCAAAAUGGAAAACAUUCCCGAUGGCGAUUGGUACUGCCACGAAUGUAUGAACAAAGCCACUGGUGAACGAAACUGCAUCGUUUGUGGCAAAAAGAUUGCUACAACUGGUACAAGACUUAUUUUGUGUGAAAUCUGCCCCCGUGCCUACCACACAGACUGCAUACAACCUCCAAUACACAAAGUUCCUCGUGGGAAAUGGUACUGUUCCAACUGUAUAUCGAAGAAACCACAAAAAAGAAGCGUCAAAAAAAACCACAAGGUGACCAGAGACAGCGAAUCAUCCGAACAUCCUCCAUCUAGUCCCGCUCCUUCCCAUAGUUCGGUAACAACAAACGAAGACAUGCCAUCAACGAACUGCAACCAGAGUGAUAUAUCGAAUUCAAGCCUGGCCAAUGCCGGGUCUCCGUCCACACCGUGUCCCAAGAAGGACCGUGUCAACAAAAAACUCAUGAAGGAGCUCGCCCCCUGUAAAACACUCUUGGAGGAUUUGGAGUGCCAUGAUGAUGCUUGGCCUUUCCUCUUGCCUGUCAACACCAAGCAGUUUCCCACUUACAAGAAAAUCAUCAAGAUUCCCAUGGAUUUGUCCACGAUUAAGAAGAGAUUACAGGAUUUACAAUAUAAAUCCAAGGAAGAGUUUUGCGCAGAUGUCAGACAGAUAUUCAACAACUGCGAGACUUUUAACGAAGACGACAGCCCCGUCGGUAAAGCAGGUCACUGCAUGAGGCAGUUCUUCGAGGCGAGAUGGAACGAGCUGAGCAUGUCCCACAGUUGAGGAUUGCUUUUUCCCAAGAGACAUUACAGCCAUCGAGUAGUCAGACCCCCGGAAAACAGUGUUUAAAAUUGUUAAUUGGCGUGUUUUCAUUAGUUGGUUUGAAUAAAGUUUUGGUGCUUUAUCAUGUUUUCAGAUAUCGGAACUGUGACGACGAGAGUAAUUUAUACACAGAGCACUAUGUAUUUAUAUUGUAAAAUAUUACAGGUAUUUCCAGUGCGUGAUAUAAUGACAUUAAAAGAAACGUAUACUAGAGCUUUUUACUGUUGUCCUUUCAUAAUUUGAUAAUGAUGAGUAUUAGUUAAAGGUUUUUACAUCACUUAGCUUGUCGACUUAAAAUCUGUUUGUGAUUUUCCCCCGUGGAGCUCCCGACUUGUAUUAAAUUUGUAUUUUUGAUAACUGUAUUUUUUAUAUUAUUUAAACGAUUAUUUAUUUAGGUUAGGUUUCUCGCUUGUGUUGAUAAGAGCAUCCCCUUUUUUAUACCUUAUUUAUUUACCGAACAUUGUGUUAUGAUUAAGUCAUUCCGAAAUUAUCAAAGGUUUUCGUUGCAUUUAACUUUCACUUAAUGUUAGUAUAAAUAUGUAUAAAUUGUAAAAAAAAAUCUGACAUUUGCAUCGCUCAACUUGUCUCUAGGCUACAAAAAAACUGUUUUUAUGUAAGCUGAACAUAGUUCUCAAAUAAAAGAUGUAUUGAAAAUUUUGGAUGUGUUUGGUAGGCUAGUUCUUUGCAGAGCCCACCUUUGCAGACUAUAGAACUAGAUUAUGUAUUGCGUGUAAGAUAUUUAUAAUUAUAUUUACUUAUAAAUGUA